ACCUUGUCUGAGCGUCUUCUCUGCAUUCGGUCUAAUCGUUUUCCAAGUAGCAAUGAAGCUGCACCAGUUCUCAAAGGGCGUCCUUAUCUCAGCCGCCAUCUUAACAGCGUGUAAAUGCAACACUGAAAACGGGCACCCUGAACCUUCCUUCGCUGCUACCAGAAGCGCUUCUCCAGAAUGUGCAUAUAUCAACGAAACGGAAUCGGACGAAGAUCUCCUGCUUUACCCAACAAAUGACCGGAUACCUCCAGAGGACCUUCUCGCUAUGAGAUUAGCCAGCCGUGUCUGUUUGCCAAAGCCAUGCGACAACCUAAGAGCGUUUUCUGGUUUUAUUCCUGUUAAUGAUGACAAGACUUCGUACUUAUUUUUCUUGCUAAUUAAAGCCACGCACAAACCCUGGGAGAAACCUCUUCUUCUCUGGUUACAAGGUGGCCCUGGAAAAUCAUCGCUUUUUGGACAGUUCCUCGAAAAUGGGCCGCUUGGUAUCAACGCUUCCGGAACAUUGUAUCACAGACAUCAUACCCUUGUCGAACAGUUUCACGUUAUCUACUUAGAUCAACCUGUGGGAUCUGGAUACAGUUUCAACACAGAAAAUACAUACCCGUCUACACUUGAAGAGGCAUCUGUACACAUCAUGAGAUUUUUAAGGCGCUUCUUGAGGCUCUUUCCUGAAUACUACGGACGAAGUUUCUACAUCGCUGGAGAGUCAUAUGGAGCACGAUCGGCUAUUGGAGUAGCCCAAAAGGUCUCGACACGGUACCCUUGGGAGCUUCCACUGCGGUUCGAAGGAGUCAUGCUUGGCGUCGGCUUCCUUUUUCCCUUGCUCAAAAUAAUCAACUCAACCGAUUACCUGUACUACGCCGGGUUGCUUGACGAGCACGGUCGCCACUCAUUUGCUCAACAGUUUAACAAAAUUCAAAGCCUCGUUCAAGCUAAACAGUUCCAGAGUGCCGCUAUGGUGCUCAGUCAAACUGUUCUCAACAUGCACGUCAGCCGGCAGCCAAGCUUAUUCGAAAAGUUAACAGGUUUCGAGCACCACGGAAGCAUAAUUAGGCCUCGGAGACCCGCAGAAGUUGAAGCAUACAAGAACUAUGCAAACAGUGAAGAGUUCAAAAAAAUAAUUCACGUUGAUCCUUCCAGGGCACUGGACAGUACGAGGAUGCAGAUAGCAAUGCAGCUAGCCGUGGGAGAUUUCUUCGUAGACCAGGAAGAAACGUUACUCUCCGUUCUCAACAGUAGGCACGUGCUUCUGUACACAGCACAGCUGGACGCUGUGUUUCCGGCUGUAAACUUGGAACGCUGUUUCCGGGAGCUGAAUUGGCGAGGUCGAGAUAUGUUUAAAACGGCUCGACGUCGUUUUUGGCACCGAGACGGCAAUUCCUCACUUGAGCUGCUCGGUUACGAGAAAAGGGUAGGCACCGUCAUGUUUAACACCGUUCUUUUCGGCGGCCAUUAUGUGUCCCUCGAUCAAUCAUCCGCAAUAAGUGAUUUGUACAGCCGGUUCCUGACCUUCACGGCAACGGAGCCCCCCAGUGGUAACAAAGAACAAGCAGAAACUGAUAAACCUCCAGCUGAUGCUACCACCUGCAUUGAAGAGCUUUCACGCAUUAUUUCAUAAAUAAAUAACGUAGCAGUUCUA